AUUAUUAUUAUUCGUCCACUUGUUCACUAUUUAGUGAGUUAUUGUUUACGUGAGUCGUGAAUGAUUAGUUUAAAGAAUUCAAGAAUCGCGAAUCACAUCACACGUUGACUUGGACCGACGAAGCAGUUGAAUUGGAGACAAAUGCCUCAAAUCGGAAACAAGACCCUAAAUAAUUAUUAAUACAGAAUGUCAGUGGUUCUAGACGACAAGACUGAGUUUAUGUCAAAUCCUUUUUACGAUCAACACGAACCGAGCAACUAUCAAACUUUCUACGUGACUCUYGGUGUGUGCACUGUGUUUGCCUUUGCACUGGUGGUCGUCAACUUGUUUCUGUGUUGCUUUUCCAAGCACAGACAUUACUGGAGAAAUAGCGAAACGGGUAAUCGUUACAUACUACCAAUUUGGAUCAAGACGCCCGCAAAACAAGCUCCACUCGAUCUGAAAGAGUUGGAGACAAAUUUUUCGAAACCAAAACCAGUUUACGACUCAGGGGUUCCUCAAGAAUUCGUCGAGCUCCACAAGAAAGAGAGUGACAUUUAAACAGAACAAUGAUUCACAUAUUUUCACCAUUGUUAUUGUUGUUGGCCAUGUUUGUAUUGUUUGUAAUUAUUGCUAUUGUGAGGUAUGGGGAGCGAUUCUGUUCGGUACACAGAGACCCUAUCAACUACAAUAAUUACAACAACGAAUACGUAGAACAAGUAUCAUACGCUUGAUUAAAAUUUUUAAUUCACACACCUCUAGAGCUUCAAAUAAAUAUGGGUUAAUUUUACUUCAUUUUCACAAUUUAUACUGCACAAUCUUAUUACACAGUGUCUUUUAGGUUGUGCAAUCACUUAAUAACAAAAUAUGAUUAACUUCGAUGACAUUAAGUGAAUAAUUUGAGACUUAAUCACAAAAUUUUUAUUUAAUUUCAUUUUUACUCCAUUAGUGAUUUCUUAUUUUUAUUAUUAGUAAACAAAUGUUAUUCAUUGAUUUAUUUCACGUAAUUCACUAGUUGGUUAAAUGUAAUAUUAUCUUAUUUGUAUCAAUGUUUAAUGCAUUCAUCAAUUCUAUUAAUCUGAACAAGUUAAUUUUAUUAUUAAUAUUUAAAUAGGUACAACAUAAUG